CGCCUGGGCCGGCUGCAUCUUUCUCCUCCCACCAUCACCUCCUCCACCUCCUCCUCUUUAUCCAUCUGCCAGGGCGCACGAGGAGAACGGCGGCGUCUGAGAUCGCGAGGCCGAGGCUUGUCCCGUCCCCGCUCCGCUCCUCCCACCCACGGUUUCUGGAGGACAAUUCUUCGCUGUCUAGCCUUCCUCAAAAGUAAAAAGGGUAAAUGGGAUCAGAAGGGCCUUCAGUUGUCACUGUCCAUGUUACUGGAUUUAAGAAGUUCCAUGGGGUUGCUGAGAACCCAACCGAGAAAAUUGUGACCAAUCUUAAAUCUUUCUUGGAAAAGCGAGGGUUGCCAAAAAAUCUUGUCCUCGGAAGCUGCACAGUUCUCGAAACAGCAGGGGAAGGGGCACUUGCCACAUUAUAUAAGGUUUUAGAGUCUGCUGUUGCAGACAGAGGAACUGGGUCCUCGGCACAGGGACAAGUAAUUUGGAUCCACUUUGGGGUCAACAGUGGCGCAAUAAGGUUUGCCCUUGAGAACCAAGCUGUUAAUGAGGCUACCUUCCGGUGUCCAGAUGAGCUAGGAUGGAAACCACAGAGGGUCCCUAUUGUGCCCUCUGAUGGAAGCAUCUCACGGACGAGAGAGACUACCCUGCCAGUCAAUGAAUUAACCAAGUCACUCCGGAAGAUAGGCUACGACGUGGUGCCCUCCGGCGACGCCGGUCGGUUUGUAUGCAACUACGUGUACUACCACUCUCUUCGGUUCGCGGAGCAACACGGCAUCAAAUCCCUGUUCGUGCAUGUUCCCCUCUUCUUGACGAUCGACGAGGAGGUCCAGAUGCACUUCGUCGCUUCCCUCCUUGAAGUCAUCGCUUUCUCAUCCAACUAGGAACAGCAGUUGGAAGAUCAGCGUCUGGAUUCCUAUCUCAAGGAUGGAUGUAAAGCUGGAAUGCUGCAUGUAGGCUGAAUAAGGUGGUGUGGUCAUUGGCGAUAGAUGUUAAUCUUGCUCCACAGGUUGUGUUUGGGAAUCGGGAGGGAAAAAAAGAGAGGUCAUUGGCGAUAGAUGAUGAUCUUGCUCCAGAGGGUGUGUUUGGGAAUUGGGAGGGGGGGAAAAGAGGAAAUUGCUGCAUAGAGUCAGACGGUGUAUCAGCUUGUACGCCAUCAAUCAAGUGCUGUAAACAUGCCUGGGAAAUAAUUGGGGACCUGGAUUUGAAUAAGAUUUGAGUUGUUGGGGGCGGACGCGCUA